AAUAAGAUUUUGAUGACAAAAGAAGAAAGAAGUUAAGGAAACCCUUUUAGGAAAAGAUAUACUGGAGAAUGGCGAGAGAGUAAGACACUUUGGCUCUUUCACUGUGUGAUGAAAUUUCAAGAAUUUUCUAGAUCCCUCUUUUUCAAUGCAACAUCCAAACAUAUCCAGUACUUGUUUCUUGUCCACAAGUUAGUAAUCUCUUCUUUUUCUUUAGAUAUGAUUCUCCUUAACUCAAUUCAAGUAAAUGAUGUGGCUAUCUUUCUUGGACCAAAAGAUAUAUCCCAACUAUAUAAACACACACAACCUCAAUGAGAUAGAGCUUAAGGAAGAAAACAUCUCAUAGUUUCUAACAGUUUCUGAAUUUAUCUAUACUCUUGACAAUGGCAUCAUCAUCUGUUCCUGUUUACUUGAGAGAUGAGAAUCUGACACAAGAAACAAGAGAUCUGCUUUCUUCUCUUCCAAGCGAGAAAGGUUGGUUAGUCAGUGAAAUGUAUCAAUACGAAGGAAGUUGGCACACACAAGCUGUGUUACAAGGAGUCGUGAACUGCCAGAAACACUUUGAAGCCAAUGAUUCCGAUAUCAUCCUCGCCACCCUUCCUAAAUCAGGUACCACUUGGUUAGAGGCUCUUCUCUUUGCUCUCAUUCACCGAAAAAAGUUUCCUGUUUCUUCUGGUAAUCAUCCUCUUCUAGCUACCAAUCCGCACCUCCUUGUGCCCUACAUGGAAGGAGACUACUGCGUAUCUCCAGACGUCGAUUUCUCCAAGUUGCCUUCUCCAAGACUCAUGCAAACGCACUUAUCGUAUCAUUCUCUGCCGGUUUCAAUCAAGAGCUCGUCUUGUAAGAUUGUAUACUGUUGUAGAAACCCUAAGGACGUGUUUGUUUCCUUGUGGCAUUUUGGGAAGAAACUUGCUCCUCAAGAAACCGCUGAUUAUCCAAUGGAAAAAGCUCUUGAAGCGUUUUGUCAAGGCAAGUUUAUUGGUGGACCCUUUUGGGAUCAUGUGUUGGAGUACUGGUACGAAAGCCGUAAGAAUCCGAACAAGGUCUUGUUUGUUACAUACGAGGAGCUCAAGAAGCAGACAGGAGAUAUGGUCAAGAGAAUGGCAGAGUUCUUGGGAUGUGGUUUUACUGCAGAGGAAGAAGUGAGUGAGAUUGUGAAGUUGUGUAGUUUUGAGAGUUUGAGUAAACUAGAAGUUAAUAAACAAGGGAAAUUGCCAAAUGGAAUAGAGACUAGUGCUUUCUUUAGAAAGGGAGAGACUGGAGGAUGGAGAGAUACUUUGAGUGAGUCCUUGGCAGAUAUAAUCGAUAGAACCACUGAAGAGAAGUUUGGAGGUUCUGGUCUCAAAUUUUCAUUUUGAAUCAAUCUUUAAGACUUGUUGUUUUUGUUUCUGUUUUUGCUUUAAAGAUGUUUCUUCAGUCAUGUGACUGUUGUUGUUGUUUUCUUCUCUCUUUUUUUCUGCGACCGUGUUGUUGUUUUUUAUUUUUUUAAUAAAGGGCUUGACUGUGUUGUUGUUGUUGUUUUCUCUUUUAUUUUUUUAAUAAAGGGUUUCAAAUUACAAUACACAA